CAAGUCGAAAGAUAAGGUCCACAUAGUUCCCAGUGAAGGAAGUCUGCCAGCACUUCACGUCGGAUAUCCCAGCAAGCAGGACAGAAGUACACUUUUUACGGAUACUUUCGGUGCGCAGAUAAAAACUGAAUCAUGUCUGACGACGAACACAGCACGUGACUAUAUGUUCAACUCUAGUCUGCCGUACACUGUGUACAAAAAUGUAAUAAACUUACUGCCGCAACUUUUCAAUCUUCGUGCUAGCCCUGCACCUACUCCAGUACCUGCUUUUAAUGAGGAUGGAAAGUCUGAGGCUCAAAUUCGUAUGGAGCAAGAGGCAAAGAGACGACGUGAGCGAGCAGAGGAAGAAUGGCGAGAAUAUGAGGAAUUCCGAAGAGGUGAACGUGAAAAGGCUGAGGAAGAAAUCCGGCAACUGAAAGAACGCAGGGAACGACGCAAAGCAGAACGGGCUGAAGAAGAAAAGCGGUUAGCCGAGGCUCGUCUGGUGGAAGAACAAAAACGCCGAGCGGAGGAGGAAGAACGUCAACGAAAGAAACGUGAAGAGGAGCAACGCAAACGCGAGGAAAGGGAGCGGAAACGACAGGAAUGGGAGGAGAAAAAGAACGCUAACAGACCAAACUUUGUGAUCAACAAGCGGGAAGGUGGUCCGGAAGUGCAAUCCGCGCCACAAGAAGAGAAGAAGGAGGAAGUGACAAAAUCCAAAGAGCAACUAGAAGCUGAGCGCCGAUCGAUUAUUGACCAACGCGUGCCUCCGUUGAAUGUUUCGGGUAUGACGGUUGAGCAGUUAAAGGCUAAGGCGAAGGAGCUUCACGACUUGCUGUUUCGCAUUGAGGGAGAGAACUAUGAUCUGGGACAGCGAUUCAAGCGUCAAAGCUACGAUAUGCAAGAAUUGGCUGAGCGCGCACGUCAAAUGAACAAGGGGUAUGUGUUAGGAAUGAGUGUUUUGAGUUUCUGGUUAAACGGAUUGUUAGAAUGCAUUUCCAGACUUUGAGAGGUCUCUUAAAGGGCAUUGCACACCUUUGUCGCCUUAGAUUUAAAUAGUCAAAUAAGAAGUUAAAGAAUGAAGAAUACCACUCUGUUUCUACCCGCUCAACAAAAAUACUAAAACUGUAGACUUUACAUCAGAAAAGAAUAAGUAAGGAUGAGAGAGUGGAACAGAAUCAAUCGUACAAUGGAUAAUCAUGUCCAGUUCUGAAGUCCAAGGUGGACUGCUAUCUUGUGACAAGGAAUUUUGUGCACACAAGCUGGUUGGGGAUUGAGCAACCAUCAUGGUCUCACCGAAAGCCGGAAAUUGCGACGUAUUACGAUUAACUCCGUAUUCAGUGGAAAAACGUGGUAAGUACUUAGUGAGGGAUGUUAUAAGUUUUUCAUGUGCAGGCAAUCGGCUGUUGGUCAGCUAAUUCAAAUAGCGAUCCCGGUUUUUCAAGGCGUGUUGGGGUCCGUUCCUAUUCGAUCCACCACAACAGCAAGAGCGGAAAGAUUAGCUACAGUAUCCGGUGGGUAUCGGAGACCGAUUUGUCUUGCUGGUUAGAUCAGGAUUAGUGGAGUGCUUGGGUAGGUAAAACCAACCAUAGCUGGUCAUUUGUGUCGUGUAGCUUAGAGAUGUUAUCCUAUAGAAACUUACUUCCUUAUUAAUGAGUGCUCCUGCUUAAGCUGUGAUGUUAUACGGACGUCGACAAAUUUUUCUGCUGGCGGAGUGAUAUUCAGGUAUUUUCAUUUGGAAUUUCGUCCUGUACUUGAAGCCAGUCUACUCUGGAAAGCCAAGAAUCGCGGUACAAAUGUUUCAUCCUUAAACACCAUAAAAAGUGCGCACCUCAAAAAACUCAUGAGAAUUUUGGACCCGUGACCUCCCGGCUAUUAGUUUAAACACCCA